AUCGAUAUAAACUCGUCCCAUACGCGAGGUGGGCUAGUAGCGGCAAUACCACGCGCUUCGUCGCUUCAAAAAUACUCGUACAUUGUACAUUCGUGAGAAGGUCUUCAUUGAAAUUGAUAGAAUAGCGCCUCACCGUAACAGUAUUGUAUACGACUCGGCCCUAUCUAGUCGCGCGAUGUGGAAAGUAAUCACCUUAGUUAGCUUCGCAUUAGCAGCACCAAGAAAAGACCUGGAUUAUACAUCUUUGAACACAUUCUCCUUGCAACUUCUUUAUAAUACAUACGCGUUCCAAGAGAGUUAUGGAGAGAAGAACGUAGUCAUAUCACCACUAUCAAUUUGGAGCAUGUUCACUUUACUAACGGAAGGAUGCUCCGGUGAGACUUUCAAUCAGCUUAUGAAAGAACUACGACUACCGAAUGAUGUGAGAGCAACCACGGCUCUUCAUUUAGCGGUUUCUAAUCUGCUGCUGCGUAAAGACCAAGACGUAAUCCUAGAUGGAGUAUCAGGAUUAUUUGCUGAUUACAAUUUAAAUAUACAUCAGGAAUUCUGUCAGUACGCUAAGAAUUUCGACACACAAGUUUUUGUUGUUGAUACUAGUAAUGAAACAUUACUAGCUGAUGAUAUAAAUAAUUUUAUUUGCAAAGUGACUCGUGGAAGAAUACAAGAAGCGGUUAAUCCUAGUGUUUUAGAAAAUUUGAGAAUGAUUCUAGUCGAUGGAUUGUAUUUCAAGGCGAAUUGGACGUAUCCAUUUGAUUCGACGCAAACAAGAGAAGAAGCAUUUUAUAACCAUCAAGGUAAAAUGAUUGGAUCUGUUAACAUGAUGUAUCAUAAAGCACCUCACAAUAUUGGAGAUUCACCUUUAAUUGGAGCUCAAAUACUUGAAAUGCCAUAUGGUAAGGACGAGCAACUAUCCAUGUUAAUACUCCUACCUUUCGAUGGUAUGCCACUGCAAAUGUUGUUAGAAAAUCUAUCAAGACAACCUCUUACAUGGAUGAAUGACAUCCUUAACUCUGAAACAUUACCAGAAUUGGAUUGUUAUAUACCAAGAUUUAAAAUCACUUCGCAAUCCGAUAUGAUACCACCAUUAAUGUAUAUGGGUAUACGUAAUGUUUUUGAUAGUACUAAAGCACAGAUGCCUGGUAUAUCUGACAGUCCACUUUACGUAUCUAAGACCGUACAGAAUGUGAACAUUGAAGUGACAGAGGAGGGGACUGUGGCAGCAUCAUCAACUGUAGUUGGCUUAGAAGAUAGAAUUCUCUCGCAGAGAUUCGAAGCGAACAAAGAAUUUGUGUUUUUAAUUAGAGAGAGACAAUCUGGUGUCAUUGUGUUUGCUGGUGUUUAUGCUAAACCAUCUUUAGUGUGAUUAUUAAUAAAUAUUUUUUUGAUUU